UCACGGAAAGGAGGAAUGUCUUUUAACAGAAGGAACUGGUCUGAUCUCUCCAGCCUGGCCAGGCAGAGAACCCUUGAGGAUGAAGAAGAGCAGCAAAGGGAACGCCGGCGAAGACAUCGGAGCUUACUGUCCUCAACAUCAGUGGAUGAAGACCCUCCUAGCCCUUCAAAAGAUGUUAGUCCAACUCCCAUCAGGCCUCAAACCCUGGUGAAAGCAGUGUCUCCGGAAGAAGCAGAAGAGCAGAAACUCUCAGAGGUGCUGAAGACUCAAGAGGGAAGGCGGACAAGGCUCCCAGUGGCAAUCUCUGAAAAGCUGAGACAAGAGAAAGAACACCGGGAGCCAGGGUCAGGAGUGAGCCAUGCAGAGGCAGGGUUGCAGCAGCAUGUGGGGCAGGAGAGUGUCCUGGCUGGAGAUCAGGGUCAAGAUGCAGCCAAGGGUAGAGAUGCCUUGUCAGGAGACCAGCACCCAGAGCCUGCCUUGGAGAGGAAGGCAGUAGCAAGGGGACAGCUCCAGGACAAAGAGGGACAGGGCACAGGGAUGCUGCAGGGGGACCAGAAGAGUGAGGUGGGGGAGCAGCAGCAUGAGGCAGUGCAGGAGCAGAGAGGCUUUAGGCUCCGUGAAGUGAAGAUCCUGCCUGGAGGAGGAAGCCGCAGCAUAGAGGAGAAGAUGGUCUCAGUGGUGACCUUGCCUCCUAGCCAGCAGUAUCCGCACAGGAGUACUCCAAAGAAAGUAACACAGCUGACUCCCACCCAAGAUGAACCUGCAGAAAAGUCAGAUGCUUCUCCAACUUACAUCACCUAUAGUAGCUCCAUCAGACGAAGCAGCCCAAGAACUGUGUCCUUCCGGGUGAUCUCAAGAAAAGAGAGAGAAGAAAACCAAAGCCCUCUCACAAGGAGUGCAAGUCUGAGGAUCCCAGGAAGCAGCACCACUAUUGAAGAGAAACUGGAAAAAUACACCUCAGCUGUGCAGCGAUCAGAGCUGGUGAAAUCUUCUCUGCCUGUUCAGAAGAGCCUCAUGCUAUCCUCAGAAGGGGUGGCCAGCAAGCGCAACUUCUUUGAGAUGACUGCACCUACCAAGGCUGAGCCCCUUGCUGUCAGGAAGGACAACCUGAAGAUCCCGGGAUCGGUGACAUCCCGCAUUAAUCUGUGGAUCAGCCGAACUCAGGAGCCCAGCAAGGAGGAAAAGAGCAAGGAUGCCAGGAAAAUAAACAGCCUGACAAAGUUUGAUGUCUGGGUAAAGCAACCAAGAGACUCCUCUGGGGCCAACAAGCUGUAACAAUAUAAGAUGAUCUGGGAAAAUGUCUUUUGCUCUGAAG